CGCCACCAAAUCGCCUAAUGCUCUGGCUUUAUAUUUCCUUUCAAUCCUCAAGCUUCCAUUUCACAUCAAUGGCGGAUCUCACCUCCAUUUUCCUCACUCUCUUCCUCAUUUCCCUCUCCAAAUUCUCCCUCUCUUCGCCCACCGUCUCGGCCAGGGAUCAGGUUGGCUGUUCCAUGUGCGCCAGUUGCGACAACCCAUGUCAACUCCCGCCGCCGCCUCCGUUAAUUGUUGACUGCCCACCGCCUCCAUCACCGCCGCCCCCUCCACCUCCAUCUCCUCCACCGCCACUCGCCACACCCGAAUGCCCUCCGCCUCCCUCUCCCCCUUCGUGCGAUGCAUGCGUCUAUCCUUCACCGCCGCCACCGUCCUCCAUCCAGCCGUACACCCCAACAGACGGAGGGCAAUAUCCCGGGCUUGCUCCGCCGCCGCCGAACCCAAUUUUACCGUAUUUUCCUUACUAUUAUUACACUCCGCCUUCUGGGUCUGGUAAAUCCGUUCCAUUUUCGUGGAAGUUUUUGCCUUUGUUGUUCAUUCUUCGACUCUAAAAAUGGGCUCGAUUUGUUUUCCGACGCCAUUGAAGAACGGGAAUGGGCGGCGGAGGAGAUCAAAAGAAGGGUAGUAUAAUGGAAUAAACUAAGACGUAUUAAUGAUUCUUUAUUUUACUUUGUUUACAUUUUAUAAUCCAAAUAACAAUGUAAUGUAAUUAUAUGAUAGAAUUCAAAUUCAUCCA